GAUUGGACCCCUAGCCUGGGAACCUCCAUGUGCCGUGGGUGCGGCCCUAAAAAGCCCCAAAAAAAUUACAGAAGAGAGAGGGUGGUGGGAACAGUUGCUUUCCACACUUUCCACAUACGCAUCAUCCCUCUCAAGGAAAUGGGGCAGAAAUGGAAGGAGGGUAGAAAGGAGAAAAGGAAAGAGAAAUGAGGAAAAAAGAAAGAGAAGGCAAAGAGAAGGGGGCAGGUAGGCAUCUGUGUUAGAGGCGAGAUGAAUUGAGAGGAGAAAUGUUGUGAAAGCACAGGCGCUGGCAGCCUGGGCUGGAGGCAGGGAGGCCCUCACCGCGCCCCGGUGCCGCAGAUAACCGGGCAUUUAGGAUACCCACCCAACGCAGAUUAGUCAGUCGGAUCUGGGAGAAGCGAAGUCAAUUGCCCUUAGUCACAGCACUAACCUAAGGCAUCUGUAAUAUGAGGACACUGAAAACAAGAUAGGGCCUAUAUACAUGAGGGAGAGGGGAGGAAAAAAAGGCAAAAAAGUCUUGCUUUGAAAGUAUAAAGAAGGGCUCCAUGCUAUUUUCUAGGCUCUCAGAUUGGAAGUGCCAGCAGUUCUUUGGUAAAUCUUACCUGGUUCUAGACAUUUUUAUUUUAUAGAUGUGGAAACAGGCUCAGAGAGGGUAAGUAAUUUACUCAAAGUCACACAGCUGGUGUGUAGAAAAGCUAGGCUCUCAAUUCUGUGUUCAUUUUCUUUCUACCCCCGGACGUCCUAAAGGUAUGAAAUGUAGAAUUCUGAGUAGUCCUGGUGACUGGAGUGUGUGUGGGGGGGUUGGGGACCAGAGAAUGGGGUGUCUUAUUUGCUUAGCCUGGCUGUGUGUGAUUCUAAAGCCAAAGUCAAUUCUUGCUCCUCCUCACUAUGACCUUGGAGUAGGCUUGACUGUCGCUAAAUAAUUCUACUUUGUCAUUUCUUAGACCUCCAAGAGCAGGUAGGUUCAUGCUGCCCACUUGCGCUCCCGACUCCAGCGAGCUCCCUACGCAGUUUCUGUAAAACUGGGCAGACGCUUCCUGGGCACCUUCUGUUUAUCUCGUUAACCCUGGUGGUACCAAGAGGCACCUGACAUUCUGAGUAUGCUAAUAAUUCGGUGCCAGCAAGUUUCUGUUAUCCUCCAGUUGUAAUUGUUAACUUGAAUGGAAUGCAAAACUUCUGGUUUGAAACAGAGUUGGUUUUUAACUGUGAAUUACUUGACCGGUAUGGAAAAUGGGGAGUACAUUUUGCCAAUUGUGGAAGAUGGUUUAUGAAAAGCUGUUUUGGAGCUGCUCUGGCAAAUAGAAACAUUUGGUACAUGGAGCGUCGCUCCUGUGUCUGCAGACUCACUGGUGAACUCUACCCCUUAGUAACUCUUGCCUUUGACACUUUUUCAUGUUCACAAGCCAAGACUUGCUUGGGGCUUAGAACAAUGAGCUUGUCCUAAUGCUGCUUAAAACAAAAGCCACACAAAACUCUAAUGCUUCCAGUGUUCAGGUUUGUUUCUGUGAGUCCUUCCUGCUAGCCCACCCCCACCUCUGGCAAGUUUGGGAUUUUUUUUUUUUUUUUUUUUUUUUGCCCCUUAAGGGGAAGUGUGGAAAUAGAGCCUGCCCGUUCAUUUGCAUUAUUGCACAUCACACGAUAUCUUUGCGACCAUUAUAUUGUGUUCUCUCAAUGGUAUUUGCUCUGAGGGUGGGACACGAGGCUGUUUAGUGUCUCGUAAAACAUUUACCAAAAGCACUGAGCCAUGGUUUUGAAGGGCAUUCCGUUGCCAGAGUGUGGGAGGAGAGAGCGAGCAGGAGAGCGAGCUCCAGGUGCUUGGCAGGUACUGGUUUCAUACUUUAGUAUUUAUCCCCGUUUCAAACUUCAGUUUGUGAAGAUCCGGGUUCCCUUCUGCUGAAGGGGCGGGGAGGGGGCGAGGGAGGAAGGGGGCCAGGUCAUUGCUUGGCAAACUGUAUUUUUUCGUGGCUCGGAGUCCCCCCGGGUAAUUGUAAUCUUCAGUUUCGGUCAAACGUUGUUUUCGCUUUUACUAGAAGGACGUGUGUGUCAUGGAGACGAGGGUAAAAUCUACCUGUGCUUGAGGUUUUCCAGUGGCCUGAUUCAGUAGUUAGUUUGCUGGGGCAAAGAAUUCAGAACCAGGUGCCUGCCGUGUUCCUAGGAGGCGACGUGUAACCUUGUGAUUUGCGCUUCAUUAUACCCCGUGACUCAUUCCAUGAAAAGCUUUUGCUAAAUGGUGGCUCUGGUUUCGUGAAAAUGCUUCUAAACUUUCUUUCCUCCCCCACCCUCUGCCCUGAUUAAAGGUCAGCUUGAAAGACUGCUUCUUAUCCUUAAAUUCUUGUUUUUUAGAACAAAGUUGCUAGGAAUAAUUUUAUAUACCGAUCAUACAUGGUUUUGGAAACGAAUGACUCAGGACUUCUCGGGAAUACGAAGCAUGUAUAGUCUAGCUUUUUUAAAAAAAAAAAUAGAAAAUAUGAGCAUAUAUGAUAAAACUAAAGCCGCAAUCAAAUGUUUACAUUUGGCCAAGUGUAAUAAUGAUAUCCUGGACACAGAUACCUAGAUUUGUUAUUCGUGGCUAAUAGGAAAAUCCAGAAGAAGAAUGGCUCCAAAAGAUUUCUGCCAUGGCCAGUUGUUGGGGAAAGGAGUUGCAGGACAAUAUCUGCCGUGUAACAAGCACUGGGAAUCUUUAGUCUGUUUACUCUGUCUUAUGGUAGGAAAUCUAAGGCUAAAGAUGGUACUGAAGUUAAGAUUAGACCACAAGCUGAUUGAUUGUGAAAGAAUGUGACUUGGGUACUCUUUGCCCAGUGACGCUGGCAGGGAGCAGCCAAGAGUCUUUUUCUCUGACAAGUUCCCUGUCCUUGCAAAAUGGCUGGAAUAAAUGAUUGUUUCAGAAUUAGAGGAAACUUCCUUCAUGGGAGAAACUUCUCUGUGGUUUUGUGUAUUUAGGCAAAUCAGACUAAACCUAACAACUGUGGAGGGCCAAACACGUUGAGUUCCCCCGAGGGAGAGCAGAGUGGAUUGUUUUUCUCUGUGUAUCAGAAAAUUCAGUUUAGCAAGGAGCCAUUUCACUACCCUGAGCACUGAAGUUUAUGUAAUUCAGCGAUAAGCAGAUUAACGUUUUCUUACCUCUCUUUUAAGAUUUCGAAACAGAGGUAAGAAUAUUUGCUUUCUUCUUGUCCGUCCCAUAGAUGCACCUAGAUUGCCUAAGAGUCUGUCAAACUUUUGACCUUCAGUGAUAUCGCUUAAAUCCAAACCAGACUCUGACCAGUGAAGGAACUCUUGCAUUAAUUCCACUGUUUCUAAAGUAGAUUGAUACAGUUUUAUGUUUGAAAUUUUAUCAGACACACCAACAGUCUGGAAAAAUGGGUAAAAGUAAACCAUUUCCAGACAUUUGUCAUUCCCCGUUUCCCUUUAUUUCAUUGGGAAAAUCCUUUGUUUGGCAUUUUCACAUUUAAAGCCCCAAAGAUCUGUAGAGAGUUAUAAGAAACUAAGAUCAGCAAAAGCUACAUUUAGGAGUUCCCAUCGUGGCCCAGUGGUAACAAACCUGAUCACUAUGCGGGUUCGAUCCCUGGGUUAAGGAUCCAGCAUUGCCGUGACCUGUGGUGUAGGUUGCAGAUGUGGCUCAGAUCUGGCGACAGCUCCAUUAGAUCCCUAGCCUGGGAACCUCCGUAUGCCUCAGGUGUGGCCCUAAAAAGAAAUACAGAAAAAAAAAAAAAAAAGCUACAUUUAUCUCUCUCAUUCGGAGUUUCUUUCAGUUACAUGAUAGUUUGUUGAUGGAUCAACUCAGGCAUCAAAUUAAACCCUGGAUAAACUGGCCCCUAUAUCUGGCAUUUUAAACUUUGCUGCUAUUCCUUGUGCUAUGUUAAUAAUGCUUCUAUAUCAGGCUGGCUUUAUAAGGCAUAUAUGUGCGUAAAGGCUCUCCACAGAGGUUGUUUUCUCCUGUUCCUUCUGGCCUUUAGACUGCAGGUUCUUGGUUUGAAGUAUGUCAUGAAGGUGAAAUCUUUGUGGGCAAUAAUAGGUCCCAAAUUAGGUGGCAGUUUGCAACAUGCAGCAAUGCCCAAGGAGUCAGGGCUAUUUGCACUUGCCUGAACAAAGCUGUCAUGCAAAGGUGCGGGCGGGUGAUACCCACAUUUUGAGAUGAUUUUGAGUGACCAUACCAGGAAAGUCACAUUCAUGGGAACUUUGGAUCAGAGCUAUGCAGGCAAGUAGAGGAAUCAUCAUAAAGACAUGGGCUAUUUGGGGCUGGUUUUCUUUUGGUAAAAACUGACCUGUAUAGAUUAAAAAUCCUUCACUUGUCUAGUAACUCUAGGUCUUAAGUAAAGCAGAAAAUAGUCCUCACGGCGGUCCAAAAAUUAAUGCCAUUAAGUCCAUCGGAGUCUCACUCUGUGCCUAUUGUCUCUUGGUUUAGGCAUCUUGCAGUAGCUUUCCUGGCUUCUGAGUGCACAAUAAAUCAGAACUCUUCUUCAUUGACUAAUGAUCAUUCAUUCAUUCAACAAAUACUUACUGGAGUCUCAUCCUAGGCUGGAUUCUCAUCUCUUGGUUCUUAAAUGUCACUUCCUCAAAGGGACCUUCCUAGAUACCCUGAAUUAGGUCCUAUACUCCCCCUUUUAAGAGAAUGACCACACUUGUUUCUUGUCUCUGCCAGAGAAAAAGUCCACCUUCACGGAUUGUGAAUCUUAUUCACCUCUAUUAUCUGCAGUGCUCAGCACAUACUUGGCAUUCUAAAAAUAGGUACCAAAUAUAUGAAUGAAAGAAAGCAAAUGAGAAGGACCAGUGUACUUAGAGGCGGGCACAUAACAAUGAAAAAUAGCCUCAGAUAACAGGGAAGGGGCAAGAAACAACUGUCAUGCAGUAUAGAAGCUCUGGCUCUUGAAAGCUCAGCUCAACUGUGUAAAUUUCUAAGGAACGUCUGGGUUCACCAAGAAGAAGGAUGUGCUCAAUAGCAUUUGUUUAAGAUGAUAGUGAGGAUUACGAACAAUUUAAUGAAGAUUCUCAUUGAAGAAAGCAAUAGUUUUCUUACUUCAAUUAUUUGGAGAGUUUAAUUAUAUGAGUAAUUUUUUAUUCCUGCAAUUAUGAGGUACCAAUGAAUACAUGUAUCACUUAGGUAAAAUGCAAAAAGAGCCUAGAAGAAUGCAUGAGAGAAAAACAUCAGUGUAAUAAGACUAAAUCAAGAUUUGCCUCAAAGAGCACUCCAAAAUUUGAACUGAGAAAUCCCAAGGAAGCUGCCUGGAUUUCCCUGUAUAUUCUUAUUCUACAUCGUGAAAAGGACCAGACGAAUCAAAUUGGUGGCUUUUGCUUUCCUCCAACCGUGGAUGCCUUUGACAUUAUGACCGCAGAGGAUUCCACCGCAGCCAUGAGCAGCGACUCCGCCGCUGGAUCCUCGGCCAAGGUGCCCGAGGGCGUGGCGGGCGCGCCCAACGAGGCUGCGCUGCUGGCGCUGAUGGAGCGCACUGGCUACAGCAUGGUGCAGGAGAACGGGCAGCGCAAGUACGGAGGCCCUCCGCCCGGCUGGGACGGCCCGCACCCGCAGCGCGGCUGCGAGGUCUUCGUGGGCAAGAUCCCGCGCGACGUGUACGAGGACGAGCUGGUGCCGGUGUUCGAGACGGUGGGUCGCAUCUACGAGCUCCGCCUCAUGAUGGACUUCGAUGGCAAGAACCGCGGCUACGCCUUCGUCAUGUACUGCCACAAGAACGAGGCCAAGCGCGCCGUGCGCGAGCUCAACAACUACGAGAUCCGGCCCGGCCGCCUGCUGGGCGUGUGCUGCAGCGUUGACAACUGCCGCCUCUUCAUCGGUGGCAUCCCCAAGAUGAAGAAGCGCGAGGAGAUCCUGGAAGAGAUCGCCAAGGUCACGGAGGGCGUGCUCGACGUGAUCGUCUACGCCAGCGCGGCCGACAAGAUGAAGAACCGCGGCUUCGCCUUUGUGGAGUACGAGAGCCACCGCGCCGCUGCGAUGGCGCGCCGCAAGCUCAUGCCCGGCCGCAUCCAGCUGUGGGGCCACCAGAUCGCCGUGGACUGGGCCGAGCCCGAGAUAGACGUGGACGAGGACGUGAUGGAGACCGUGAAGAUCCUCUACGUGCGGAACCUCAUGAUCGAGACCACCGAGGAUACCAUCAAGAAGAGCUUCGGCCAGUUCAAUCCCGGCUGCGUGGAGCGCGUCAAGAAGAUCCGCGACUACGCCUUCGUGCACUUUGCCAGCCGCGAGGACGCCGUGCACGCCAUGAACAACCUCAACGGCACUGAGCUGGAGGGCUCGUGCCUCGAGGUGACGCUGGCUAAGCCGGUGGACAAGGAGCAGUACUCCCGCUACCAGAAGGCAGCCAAGGGCGGCGGCGCAGCCGAGGCGGCGGUAGUGCAGCAGCCCAGCUACGUGUACUCCUGCGACCCCUACACGCUGGCCUACUACGGCUACCCCUACAACGCGCUUAUCGGGCCCAACAGGGACUACUUCGUGAAAGCAGGCAGCAUAAGAGGCCGGGGUCGAGGUGCAGCUGGCAACAGAGCCCCAGGGCCCAGGGGUUCCUACCUUGGGGGAUAUUCUGCUGGCCGUGGUAUAUAUAGCCGGUAUCAUGAAGGAAAAGGAAAACAACAAGAAAAAGGAUAUGAACUUGUACCUAAUUUGGAAAUCUCGGCCGUCAAUCCAGUUGCCAUUAAACCUGGUACAGUGGCCAUCCCUGCCAUUGGGGCCCAGUAUUCCAUGUUUCAGGCGGCUCCGGCUCCUAAAAUGAUUGAAGAUGGCAAAAUCCACCCCAUGGAGCACAUGAUCAGCCCCAUCGCUGUGCAGCCAGACCCAGCCAGCGCUGCUGCCGCGGCCGCUGCCGCCGCUGCUGUCAUCCCCGCCGUGUCCACGCCGCCACCUUUCCAGGGCCGCCCCAUAACUCCAGUGUACACGGUGGCUCCAAACGUUCAGAGAAUUCCCACUGCCGGGAUCUACGGGGCCAGUUACGUGCCAUUUGCUGCUCCCGCCACAGCCACAAUCGCCACACUACAGAAGAACGCGGCGGCCACGGCCGCCGUCUACGGCGGAUACGCAGGCUACAUACCUCAGGCCUUCCCUGCCGCCGCCAUCCAGGUCCCCAUCCACGACGUCUACCAGACCUACUGAGACCCGCCGGGACCCGCCCCGCCGCCGCCGCCGCCGCCGCCGCCGCCGCCACUGAAGGAACUUUCCUAUUUAUGAAGAACGUGCUGGGUUAGCGCACGCGAAACCUGAACGUGAAGAAUGUUAUCAGCUACCCUACUGGAAUAUUUUAUAUACAUGAAGUUUUCACUAGUUUUUUAAGACUGUUUUCAAUUUAGCAGGAGGCCUGUGCUCAUACAUUUCCGAGAGACUUAACAAUGGUUUGUGCCUUAAACACCCUCUCUUAAGAAGUUUGUAUGCUGUAGUACCUUUGUAUCGAGGUUUUUGUUUUUGUAUUUUUAAGGAUAUAUUUUCAGUAUGAAGGUUAUUUUCUUAACUUCUGCACUCCAGAGAUUUCUAUUUUGUAGUACCUUCAGUAAUAAGUAUAUCAACUAUAUAUUAAAAAGCACACUUGAGCAGCUAGGGAACUAUUUUGAAAAAAGUAUAUAGUCGAUAUUUAAAGAUACAGACAGUAGUGCUUUAAAAAUACUACAUAAAACAUUAUUUUAAAAGUUAUACUGGAAAGUGCAAUUUUAAAAUGAGUGAAACCUCUAUUUCUGCUGGAAUUAAGGGUUGACGGGUGUUACCAUGUGUUACCCAUGGCGGUUCUGAUUUUUUUUUUUUUUAAAGCAAUUAAACACUCGAUCUCUCCUUAAGCCAACAUUGAAAAGACUUGUCACACUUCUGAGUCCAAACACUGGAAAGCUCUCACCUGCCACCGUCACCCUGGGCCCCAUUCCUUUUCCAUGUGCCUUGGCUCUUAGAUAGGUUCCCCGCCAUCUCCUGCUCACCCCCCCCCCCCCCCCCCCCGUCCCCAGUCCUCCCCAACCUCUGUGUUUGGCAAGUCUAGGACAAAUGAAUUUCUCUGACAGAGAAAAUAUUGAUGGCUUUUAUACUUCUUGGGGUUUUGUUGGGGUGUUUUGUUUUGUUGUGGGGAAUUUUUUUUUUGUCUGUUUAUUUUUUUUGUUUGGUUUUUUUGGUUUGGUUUAGUUGGGGAGAUAUUUUUGAUAGAGUACAUGUAAGCACAAGCUUUUCAUAGUUUGCAUAAGACAUCUUUGCAUAGCUAUUUAAUUGUCCGGUAUACAAUUUUCAUUCCUUUCCUAAUGCUUUUAUUAUAUUUGUUUUGAAGUAUGAGUUUGUAGAGACAGAGAACGUUGUUAUAGGCAAGACCCCAAAAAGACUCUUGUUGGCAGAAAGCUGUGCUUCUAGUUGCCUUGUCGUGUUUCAUGCAAAAUGUCUGUGGUUGUCAAGGGCGUUGGAAAUAUGUUUAUUGAACAGGGCUCCCCUCCGUUGCCGUGCACGUGGCAGGGGAACUGAAUUGGGGUGUGCACAGCCAGGAGGAAGAGAAGAGGCCUGCAGGAGUUAAGAGAAAAUUUGUAAAUAUCUCCUAAUGCUAGUUUUUUAGUUGUUUUAUGUUGCAGAAUUGCAAAAACAAAAACAAAACCAUUUUAUUUCAAUGUUAUUGGAAAGUUUUUUUAUUAGGAAGUAAAUGUAUUGUCACAGUGUUGUUGUGUGCCUGUUGAAAGGCUUUUGUUUAGCAGAGUGAAUGUAAAAUACAGUAAAAUGUUAAGAUUGUCAUCCACUUUAUGAAAUAUACCACUUGGGUUUUUGUUUUUUUUUUUUGUUUUUUUGGUUUUUUUUUUUAAGGUUUUUAUCAAGGAAGUGAGGUGUGCAAUAGGUGGCAAGGACACGGUGGUGUUUUGAUGUCAUACUAGAGAUUCCAUCACAUCUUUCCACUCACUGAAUUUUUGCUGAUGGCUGGAUUCUUAUUGUGGAUUAAUAAUAGGAUCCUGCCCUUAGCAAGUGUUUUAGUUUUGUUUUACAUUUUAAAUUAAGAGAUUCCCACAUGCCCUCUUUCCCCUCAUCUUAGGGUGGGAUGAAUUUUUUUAUAUAUAAGCAAUAUUUAUUUAACUAGUCUAUAAAAUUAUUGAGUGCCUGUAAAGGCCUUUAAACAUUCCUAACGUUCCUCUCCAUCGUUCUUAAAUGACAUAAAGUAAUUGUGCAAUGUUCCCAAUAGUGAACCCUACAAGCUGCAUCCAAACUCCAGCCUGCUGUAAAUGAAUAAUCCGACACAAUGCAAUUAGGAUGAGAUCCCCAUUCCUUGACUUUGUGUGAAAGAAGGGCUCUCCAGUGAAGGAUUUAUUAUCACAGAGUUUCACUGGAUGAGACUCUGACCCAGGGGUCUUACUGUAUUUUACAUGUGCCUGUCAAUUAUUUGCAAAAAAAGAAAAAAAAAAAAAAAAAACAUGGUGUCUUAACAUGCUAACUACCAAACUACCUUAAAAACAAAUAUUGGUGACAUAGCCAAUUAAGUAUCAAUGAGCCUCCUA